AAAUGCAAAAAAAUGAAAGAAAAUGAAAAAAAAUUUCGUUUUGCUAUCCCAUUGGAGCGUUACUCGCCCACUUGCUAUCCUAUUCUCUCUCUCGCUCCUCUGAAACCCUAAUUUACAGUUCUUUGUAUUACUCAAUGUCAACCAAUCGAAACCUGCCAGAAUAGCUGGUUACAAUUCGAAGCAAAAUUAGUUUCAGAUAUAAAAAGUAAGCAAGAUCAAAAUAUCCCAUAUAUAUAUAUAUAUAUAUAUAUAUAAAAUAACCAAGAUCAAAACCUACCCAAACAUUUGUUCUAACUUCUAACCCUUGUUUACCUAUUCCCAGACAUGACCAAAUCCAAAAACUGGAUGGUGAAUAGGAUAGCAAAUUUUUGUUGGCUUUGUAAUUGAUCAAUCAGACUGAAAAAAGACGACCUAGACAAGAUCACCGCUUAAGAACAGAAGCUAUUCCCUUUCCAACCCUAGCCCUAGUUUCCGCAAACAGAUAAAAAAUUUCCACCCAAAUCAUAAGCUCGAGGAAGGAGGUUUUGGUCGGUACGGUCCGGUCCGGUCCGGUCCUGGCAUAUUUGAACUGUAAAUAUGAGUUGAUCGUGAAAUCGAACCCAUCCGAAAUAACUUUGAUACAUACAUCAACGACAACAAUGUCCGAAGCUCUCCGCAAUCAUUUACUGACCAAGAAAGUCGCGGAUCGCUACCUAAAGCGCGAAGUCCUCGGCGAAGGUACCUAUGGAGUCGUAUACAAAGCCAUUGAUACCAAGACUGGACAGACAGUUGCAAUCAAGAAAAUUCGUCUUGGAAAGCAGAAGGAAGGGGUGAAUUUCACUGCUCUCAGAGAAAUUAAAUUGCUGAAAGAGCUCAAGGAUCCAAAUAUAAUUGAAUUGAUUGAUGCCUUCCCUCAUAAGGGGAACUUACAUCUUGUAUUUGAGUUCAUGGAGACUGAUCUGGAGGCUGUUAUUCGUGAUAGAAAUAUCGUUCUUUCACCAGCUGAUAUAAAGUCAUACCUUCAGAUGACAUUAAAAGGACUUGCUUUUUGCCACAAGAAAUGGGUCUUGCAUAGGGAUAUGAAACCGAACAACUUGUUAAUAGGAUCCAAUGGACAGCUUAAACUUGCAGACUUUGGUUUAGCACGUAUAUUUGGGAGCCCAGAUCGAAGGUUCACUCACCAGGUCUUUGCUAGAUGGUAUAGAGCACCUGAGCUGUUGUUUGGGGCCAAGCAAUAUGGUCCUGGGGUGGAUGUUUGGGCUGCUGCUUGUAUUUUUGCUGAACUUCUCCUACGGCGUCCCUUUCUGCAGGGUAAUAGUGACAUUGACCAAUUGGGAAAGAUCUUUGGGGCUUUUGGGACUCCAAAGCCCUCUCAGUGGCCUGAUAUGAUUUACCUUCCUGAUUAUGUUGAAUACCAGUGUGUUGCUGGGCAGUCUCUUCGCACAUUGUUUCCCAUGGCUAGUGAUGAUGCUUUAGAUCUGUUAUCAAAGAUGUUCACGUAUGACCCAAAAGCUAGAAUUUCAGUGCAGCAGGCAUUAGAGCACAGGUACUUCUCAUCUGUUCCUCCGCCAACAGAAUCAGCUUUGCUCCCUAGACCUCCCCCCAAAAAAGAGUCGUCCAAUUCUAGAAUUUCAGAUUUCAAUAAACAAGAAGGUCCUACCGUAUUGUCUCCUCCAAGAAAGUCCAGGAGGGUAAUGCCACAUCGCGAGGGAUUCGAAGGAAAUGAGCACCAAGUUGAUAAGAUUGACUAUCAUGCAAAUGAAAACAGACAAGCAGUUGGUGAGAAGAGUGAACUUGUACCUAUGUCAGUAGAUCUUUCUAUAUUUGGAUCGAGACCUCCACCUAGACCAACAAUUAACAGCGCUGACAGAUCACAUCUAAAGAGGAAAUUGGAUCUGGAAUUCCAACACCCUGAAGAGGAUUAAUCUUUAUACUCCCAUUCAUGGAUUUGGUUGUUUGUCCAAGGGACAUUCCACUUUAUGAGGGGAAUGCAGUCCUCAGUGGAAGUAGGUUAUCACUAUGUCAGACCCAAUCCACUGGCCCAAGAAGUACUAUAAACACUGGGAAGUUAACCCUUUUCUAAUGUUUCCCCGGGAAUGUGUUCGCCCACGGAAAGACAAAAUUUUGGAGAAGUUCCAUAUCGCAACUACUUAUGCUUGAGAAUAGUUGAUUCAUGGUUUGUUGGUAUCAUACUUAAAAUAAAAAAUAAAAAAUAAAGAAAAUGAUUUGUUGGACAUUCAACUGUGCAUGUUAUUCAGGUCAGUCGAGAUGGAGAGCCGAGAGUGUUGUAGCAAAGGCUGUUAUUAUAUUAUUAAACAAGUUUUUUCUGAGAAAUGUGAGGCACUUGACAUGGUUUUUAUUUAUCUUUAUUUUUUUGUUCAUUUUCCUAGCUA